CUAGAAAAACUCGCUCAGCUCUGGAAAGCGGCAGCAUAUGCCUUCUUUGCCCCACUUCCCGAGAUUGAGUAUGACUCCAACAGUCGUGUAUUUCAUGCCUUCCAGUGCCUGAAUUGUACAUGUAAGGUCACAUGCUAUCCUGACACUGCGGAUGCUGGCUCUACUGGUGCUCUAUGGCAUCACAUCCAUAAAUGUUGGGGAGAUGAUGUUCUCGCUGCCGCAGACGAUGCUAAGGACUUGAAAAAAUCCCGGGAGAUUGUUGGCAAGGAGUUGGCAAAGUCGAAGCCUAAAAAUGGUUCGAUCGUUAUGAUGCUGAAACGGUUUGGAUCGAAAAUCGUGACAUAUGCUACUCACUCACAUACUAAAACAGAAGUUUGUGCUGAAAGUGUGCGCUGGUGCGCUGAAAGUCUUCGUCCCUUCAACUUGUUCGCAGAUCAUGGCUUCAAAUGUCUGAUGAAAACAGGCCGUCCUCAGCACUAUAUUCCUCAUCCAACUACAGUCUCUCGUGAUACUAAGACAGUCUUUGCUAAAACUUGCAACCACAUCUCUAAGUAUCUCCGAAAGCUCACCAGGAUGUUAAGCUUUGCAACUGAUGCAUGGACAUCUCCAAAUCACCUGGGCAUAUGUAGCAUUGACUGUUCACUUCGUUUCAGAGGAUGGGACUCCCACAAGGAUGGUACUUGA